GCAACAAAGCGCGGCCCAACCGGCCAAAGAGUUAGACAAAAAAAGGCUACCGCCAUCAAGUCAUCAAGUCUGAAACUAGAGAAAAUGGCUAGCGGGAGAGCAUAUGAAGCCCUUCGAGCAUACAGAUCGGUGCUGAAAGCCACACGGAAGACCUUCGCCGGCGACACGGUGAUGCUCCGGGAGUCAGCCGUCGAGGUGAGGAAGAAAUUCGAGGAGAACCGGCACGUGAACUCGGAGGAGGAGAUCCACAGGCUUCUGGAGGACGCACGUGAAGCCUCGUCCUUCAUCUCCACCAUGAUCGUCCAAGCUCAACGCACCGACACUGGCGGUUUCGCGGUGAAGCCGGAAAAGGUGCACGCAGGGGCGACAUUUGAAAUUCCUUCAGAAGAGAUUCUUAAAAAAGCUGGUUGAUGAUGAGCAGAGCAGUUGAGGAUCUUCCUUCUCCACUGCAAAUACACUCUGCAAUGUACUACUAAUAGCAGGAAGAAGAGUCUUCUUUCCUCUGAAAAGAACAAAUUUUGAUGAUUUAAUAUGCUUGUUUCAUCACUGACAUGAUUUAUUUCAGUUGAUGUUUUCGUUUGUUCCUUCCAAGGAAAGAACCCCUUUUUGAGUUUCUUGAAUUCCAAUGAUUUUUGCUUGGUGUUUCU